AACCCGGAAACAGGCAAAGCUUUCAGUAAACACACGUGCGUUCGCAGAGGACUCAGAAUAACAGCUACAACAUGGAUUUCGUUGAGGUUCCCGUGUCUGAAGAUUUGCCCAGCUCUAAAGGUAAAGUUAAAAAACAAAAGAAGCAAAAGGAAAUUCGCGAGAAAGCGGCUGAAAAUGUGGAGACAGAACCGGAACCCGCAGAAGCUCCAGGCUGCUCGCUCCCUCCGACUUUCAGCCUGAAGGAGAUCAAGAAUAAACAGCGGAGACAUCUUAUGUUCAUGAAGCUCAAGCAAGAGAAAAGACAGCAAAAAUUGCAGUUGAGAAAGAAAAGAAAAAAGGAGAGAGAAGCCCUCGGUGAUAAGGCUCCGCCGAAAGAAGUUCCAAAGACGAUUGAAAACCAGAGAAUAUACGAUGAGACAACGGUAGACCCCGAGGAUGAGGAGGUGGCUUUUGACGAGGGGACAGAUGAGUUCUCAGCAUACUUCAACAAAUUGAUAAACCCUAAAGUUCUCAUCACCACCUCAGACAGACCAAGAGGGAGAACUGUCCGGUUUUGUGAGCAGCUAGCCACAGUCAUACCGAAUGCAUAUGUGUACUAUAGAAGAGGUCUUGCUCUGAAGAGGAUCAUUCCUCAGUGCAUAUCACGAGACUUCACCUACCUCAUUGUCAUCAAUGAGGACAGAAAAGUGCCGAACGGUAUGAUUCUCUGUCACCUUCCUGAAGGACCAACUGCACAUUUUAAAGUCAGCAGUGUUCGACUGCGAAAAGAGAUGAAGAGAAGAGGAAAGGACCCCACAGAACACUACCCAGAGGUCAUUCUGAAUAACUUCACCACCAGACUGGGCCACAGCAUCGGCCGAAUGUUUGCUGCGUUAUUUCCUCAGGAUCCGCAGUUUGUUGGUCGACAGGUUGCCACUUUCCACAACCAGCGAGACUUCAUCUUCUUCAGGUUUCACAGGUACAUCUUCAAAAAUGAGAAGAAAGUGGGUAUUCAGGAACUAGGGCCCCGAUUCACUCUUAAGCUGCGCUCUCUGCAGAAAGGGACAUUUGACUCCAAGUUUGGGGAGUAUGAAUGGGUUCACAAGCGCCAUGAAAUGGACACCAGCAGAAGAAAAUUCCAUCUCUGAAGACACAGAGGAAUAAACUGUCCCCGUGAUGAGAUGAUGAUAAUGAUGAUGAUCAUAUUUAAAGUACAACCAACUUGUUAUUGUUAAAAAUGCAUCUAUAUCAGUUUAUGCAAUUCUGAGAAUCAGUCCAGAUUGACUCGAUGAAUUAAAAGAAGGUUCUCCGAUUCAACAGCAAAAUGAGUCUCAGAUGUAUCUGGUCACUUGUGCAAACACUUACUGUCCACUUUAUUAGGAAGACUUUACGAAUUCAUUGUGACAUGAUACAUUAUCAUGUUCUAAGUAGCCAUUAGAAGAUAGUGGCACGUGGUCAGCAACAUAAACAGAAACAGCCUUUAUUUGUCACAUAUACAUUACAGCACAGUGAAAUUCUUUCUUCGCAUAUCCCAUCCUUGGAGGUUGGGGUCAGAGUGCAGGGUCAGCCAUGAUACGGCGCCCCUGGAGCAGAGAGGGUUAAUUACUCGCCUCCACCAGCCAGGGCUGUUGAAACAAAAAGGGUUGUGUCAUUGUUUUCAUGUUGUUGGUGCCAAAUUGUGACCCUAUGUUCCUAAGCAGAAAUCGAGAUUCAUCAGAUCGUCUGCAGAACUGUUUACUGGAUGUUUUUUCUUUUUUGCCUCGUAUUCUGAGUGAACUCUAAAGACUGUUGGGUGUGAAAAUUCAAGAAGAUCAGCAGUUAUGGAAAUAAUGAAACCAGUCCGCCUGGCACCAAUAAUCAUGCCUCUGUAAAAAUCACUGAGAUUCCUCUGACAUUCUGAUUAUUAAUGAUGUCCUGUAUCUUCUGCCAUCUGAGUUCAGCAUUGCACUGCUGCCAUCUGAUGGCUGAUUCGAUAAGUGCAUGAAUGAGUUCCUAAUAAAGUGUUUUUGUGAGUGUG